AUGGCGUCGCAAACCGCGCGUCAACUCAGCGACGUCGUCGCGCGCGUCGCCAGCGCCGCGGCGAAGGCGAACCGCGCGCAGGGCGCCGUGCGCUUGGUCGCGGUGAGCAAAACGAAACCCGUGGAACAGCUCAAGGAGUGCUACGACGCGGGACAUCGCGACUUCGGUGAAAACUACGUGCAAGAGAUGAUCGAAAAAGUGCCGCGCAUGCCCGAAGACACGCGCUGGCACUUCAUCGGACACCUGCAGAGCAAUAAAUGUAAGGCCCUGCUCGAGGCGUGCCCGCGGCUGGCGAUGCUGGAGACGGUGGACAGCGCGAAGCUGGCGAAUAAGCUGAACGCGGCGGUGCCGGAGGGGCGCGUCGACGCGCUGCGAGUGCUGGUGCAGGUGAAUACGAGCGGGGAAGCGUCGAAACACGGCGUCGAACCGGGUGAUUGCGUGACGCUGGCGAAACACAUCGUGAGCGAGUGCCCGCGGUUGAAGUUUGCGGGAUUGAUGACGAUCGGGAUGCCGGAUUACACGAGCAAGCCGGAAAAUUUCGAGACGCUGCGCAAGUGCCGGGAAGAGGUGUGCGCGGCGCUCGGGAUGAGCGAGAGCGAGUGUGAGUUGAGCAUGGGGAUGAGCGGGGAUUUCGAAGCGGCGAUAGCGAUGGGGAGCACGAACGUGCGCGUGGGGAGCACGAUCUUCGGUGCGCGGGAUUACUCUAAGAAAUAG